CAUGCGCAGUGGCUUUCAGUUGCCACAUUCCGCGCCUGAGCACCAUUGCUGAUAUAUUCUUUCAUUGCUGGUUGGAUAUAGAAAGAAAAGGUGGAUUAUAUUCGGUUUAGUAUACCCAAGGCAGAAUUCGCACCACCGCUUCGCCCGGUGCGUUUGGGAAGAAGAAGCACGACGUCUCACCAGCACGCAGACCUCUGGCAGUUCUCUUGCGGUCCGCUUCACCAGCUGCGUUACCAUGGCAACGGAGGAGAAGAAACCAGAAACUGAGGCUUCUAAGACGCAGUCUGCAUCAUCUACUUCUGGCAGUCAGACUAAGUCCGCCCCCGCGAAGCCCAACUACACGCUGAAGUUCACGCUAGCCGGCCACACGAAAGCCGUGUCUUCAGUGAAGUUCAGCCCGAACGGAGAGUGGCUGGCCAGCUCGUCGGCUGACAAACUGAUAAAAAUAUGGGGAGCGUACGACGGAAAGUUUGAGAAAACGGUGUCUGGACACAAACUUGGGAUCUCGGACGUAGCCUGGUCGUCGGACUCCAACCUCCUGGUCUCCGCUUCGGACGACAAGACGCUUAAGAUCUGGGACGUGAGCUCGGGAAAGUGCCUGAAGACGCUGAAGGGCCACAGCAACUACGUCUUCUGCUGUAACUUCAACCCCCAGUCCAACCUCAUUGUGUCCGGCUCGUUUGACGAAAGCGUGCGGAUAUGGGACGUGAAAACAGGGAAGUGCCUGAAGACCCUGCCAGCCCACUCCGAUCCAGUAUCAGCGGUCCAUUUCAACAGAGACGGCUCUCUCAUAGUGUCCAGCAGCUACGACGGUCUCUGCCGAAUCUGGGACACGGCGUCGGGACAGUGUCUGAAAACGCUCAUCGACGACGACAACCCGCCGGUGUCCUUCGUGAAGUUCUCCCCCAACGGGAAGUACAUCCUGGCCGCUACUCUGGAUAACACGUUGAAGCUUUGGGACUACAGCAAGGGAAAGUGCUUGAAGACGUACACCGGCCACAAAAAUGAGAAGUACUGCGUGUUUGCAAAUUUCUCCGUCACCGGUGGAAAGUGGAUCGUCUCCGGUUCGGAGGACAACAUGGUGUACAUCUGGAACCUUCAGACCAAGGAGAUCGUACAGAAACUACAGGGUCACACAGAUGUUGUGAUUUCGACGGCCUGCCACCUCACAGAGAACAUCAUUGCCUCGGCGGCGCUGGAGAACGACAAAACCAUCAAACUGUGGAAGAGCGACUGCUAAGCCCUGAGAUCUGUUUUUUUUUUUUGUUCCGUUUCAUUUUGUAUUAUUUUUUUUCCCUUUUUUUAUUAUUUGUAAAUGGACUUUUCACCAUAGAGAUCACGCUUGACCCACAACCCCCCCCCCCCCCCUUUAUGUAUGGGGAUAGGGCCAGGACAGAGGAACAGCUAGAGCGCCAGGCCCAAGCCCAGAACAAAGGCCCCGCCCUCCCAAAUCCAUCGUACCCCCCCUUCUCCGCCACCCUCACGGAACGCUCAGAGUCUUCUGAACCUCGCCUCAGUCUUAUUUAAACUGUGCGAAUCAAGUCUUUGUUUUCUGAUAAAUCCAAUAAACGCUGGCCGUAGACAGUGGAAAUAGAAGCACUUCAAUCUACUCCAUGCGGAAAAAAUAGUAUACUCAGUGUACUCGAAGCAUAAUUAUAGAAACUUUAAUUAUACUUCAGGUAUUCUGAAGUAUAGAAUAGUAUACUUAAGGUAUACUUCAGCGUACUCUUUCUUCACAGGAGACAGCUGCUUUUGCAGAGUCACUGUUAAACUCCACCCACUUCUCUAUCCUGGAAAAGACGCGUUCUGCGGGUGUGGUGGUAGCACAGGCAACCACAGAAUAGAAAAGGCAUCUAAAAAAACUUUGUACAAGAGUUAGCACUUUGCACCCAGUGGCAGUUUGGGAUCUCAUCCUCUGUCUGUGCGAAACUAAAACAUGGACUACAGUUGCAUAGACCAGCAUGGCUUUUCCCUUAGAGGGGGAACCUUUCCCAGGAUGCAAUGGGUUGUAGUUUAUUAAGAGCAGGAUGGAAUGUGUCUAGAAAAUCUACCAGCAUACAGUAUAUUAGUAUUGUAGUGAAAAGCAGGACUGCUUUUCCUGUAGAAGGAAAUCUCUCUCCCAUGAUGCAUUGUGUAUAAAAUGUAGUGGGUGUGGGGGGCUGAGUGACAUGAAAGAAGUCUUAACAUGAUCCUCAGUAAAGUGAGGCAUUAGACGUACCAUAGCAUGACCAAACAAGAAAAGCCCUUGCCAGAUUAAUAAAUGCCUUGUACGUCCGACCAAAGGCCUUUCCUGCUUUUGAGUCUUAACAGAACCACUAGCUGCCUGUCGAAGGCCUUUAGCGAGCCUUCGUGUCUGUGCGUCUGGCGGUCGGACGAAUUCCUGUGGGACGCUAGUAGGAUCCGUCUCGUCUGGAAACGGUAACAGUACUUGCUUAACAGAAGCCUGUAAACAGGAGUGGCAUCCUUGCUGGCUGUCCGCUAAGCAUUUGCGCUACCGCGAUUUUGUAUUGGGAAUCAUUUUAUUUCUUGAGCUGUUCACGGUAUGGCCGAGAGUUUCUGUUCGCAUUUCUGUGCGGCGCAGGCGAGUGUUACGUGGCUGUUAGUAAUUUGUGUGUUUCUAGAGAACGGGCGCAUUUCGGAGAGAUACAGGCCCUGUGUCCUCCGCGAGAUUCGCGCCCCGUAGAGCUCACGGCUCCGGGGGAACGCGGUCACCAGUAGACGGUAUUUUUUUGUACAGUUUUUAAUUGUAUUGAAUUCUGACGACUUUGCUCCGCUGUAUAUAGGCUGUUGAAAGCCGUGAUGGCGGCUCUUCCUCCCGGGUUUCGGACCGCUUUGGUCUGUAAAAGGAUUUGCGUUCUUUUAACGGGGCCGUAGCUCCGAUUUGUGCUGGUUAACGGGGCCAUAGCUCUGGCUUGUGUUCUUUAACGGAGCCGUAUGCUUCGCCUCGCAUCUCAGAGCCACUUUGCUUUCAGCUACAGCUAACCAGUGUCACAAAUUUGAAAAAAGAAAACCGUUUUUCUUUCUCUGCUAAACUGCUCUGUUCUGCUACUUGGAUGUCCGCUGUGUGUGUAUGUAGCGUGCUUGCGCAGGUUUACAGAUAAUGCAUAUUUCAUAUAAUUUUAUAGCACGUACAAUAUUUUUUCGAGACUGGGGAUUUCUGUGGGUAGGUAUUGGAUAGUUAGGCUCAUAGAUUAUAACCAUUCAGAGCGUCGUUCUGACUGACAGGCUUACCUGCAGGCUUAUGGGGAUGAUGACACGUUUGCCGGUUACUGGAAAUUCCUCCCCGUAUUUUGACCUUUCUGGCUUGAAAGGAUUUGCAGGCAAAGCACAACUGUACGGCCUCGUGGCCUGCUAUUAUCUCGGCGUUAUUCUUCAACUGUCAUCAGUGUCAACACGCCUUUCCUCUCUGACUUUGGGUGCCAAUUUAGGUGUCAAUCUCCCAACAGACCAACAAACAAACCUGUACCAGCAUGUAGCGUAUGAGAGUUAGCGAUAGCGUCCUCCAACCCAUGUGACAUGCUGAGUCACAUGAGUGCAUAAAACGCUGCUGAUUGGCUCAGUGAUCAUAUCAGCCUCGUGAUUAUUGAACAAGUUUCCAUUUAUGAAUCCAUUCCAGUUUAGUUGUAUUCUACCAGCUUUUUGUAGUGUUCUUAUUCUUUUUUUUUUUUUUUACCAAACCUCUUUUAAGGAACAAAUCGACGUGCCAGCUGAUAGUUCUUGUCUGUAUUUCUCAUGUCAGGUGCUAGUACUUCUGGCGAAGUUUCUAUAACGGGUGCACAACAAGGGCCGAUCUGUUUCAGGAUUUUGUGCCAACUUCUCUACUUAAUUAUUCAAUUAGCUCAAUCAUAUCUUGAUCUGAAAAUUGCAUAAUCACCAGCUACAGCUGCACAUUGCAAGCGUAUCCUAAAGAGUUUACUGUUACUCAAGUCCAGGACUUAACCAGCCUAGUUUAUAGAGCUGUCAAAAAAACUAAAACUAAGGUUGGUUAAAUUGGUUGGAACAAAAACCCUGCAGGAGCGGAGUUGUGCACCCCUGUUCUAUAACAAAAUCCAGUGUCGCCACCUCAUUUUUAAUGGUAAUUUGAAGCAGGGUAACUACCAACCUACCAAACCCAGUGCUGCUUUUCAGUUGUGUUUGGAACAGUCCUACCAAAAACUGGGGUGCUGUGGACCCAAGAAUCGUACUGUGCAUACAGUAAUGCUAUGUUACUGGCCUUCGUGUGGCAUCACGCCUCUCCUGAGGUGAUAUGACGCUUACUGGAGUGUAAAGGGGUGACCGAUGGUGUGGCUUCCUCAGCCCUGUGAGUUGAGCAGCUGUUUGCUGUCAUUCACUGUCCUGUAGGAGCCAGUCCAAAGACUGCUUUCCAUUGGCUCUGAUUUGUGAGUCAUUGAAAGCAUGCAAGAGCUGCACUCGUAUAUAGCGGAUUUAUUUCUCAUUUCUUUCAUUUUUCCCCCCCACUUUCUUCGUAAUUGGCAGUUGGCCUGAAGUCAUUGGUGAAUCUGAGCAAGGAGCCCUGUAAGCGUGUACACUGCCCCCUGUGGGCCAGAGACUGAAUUACACACUACAGGCCUUGUUGCCCACUAUAAGAGACCUAGAGUAGGUCAAGAGGACAGGCGUCUUUUGAAAUUUGAUUUUUAAUUGCCUAUUUUUUUAUACAGUAUUUACCAAUUUGGGUGGCCUAUGACAGUUGUAUUCGCUGCCCAAACCGAUAGCUUCCCGCUAGCAUUUUGUUAGAGAGCAAGGACGAGCCUGCGGAACUUGACACGGGUAGUCAGUCGCACUUUCCUGCAGUCCCGACGCUGAACCGAGCGGCCAUCGUGCUAAAGGACGCAGUCCGCGAGCAGCAGUCGCGGGCAGACGGAUCACUGGGAAGGGUUAAAACGUGAAGGUAACGGUCAUCGCUUUGCGACGCAGAAAACCGUUCAUAAUUAAUCAUUAGAACUAAAUGAGGACGGAAUUUGCAUUCUGUCAAAAGUAGCCUACCAGACACGUAGUCAGAAACAGUUUUCCACUUCAUCGUGGCGAUUUUACCAAUAUCACCGUUUGAUGUUUCUCGUCAGUUACUGAUUAAACGCCUUGUGUUUCAUAGGUAGAGCAGAUUUAACAUGUCAGUUUGAGAUUGCCAUUCGUAUUUUUGUUCAGGUGCAACAUUGAGAAAAAGCAGCGUCGCACGCCGAAUGCGUAGCCUAAGGGAGGCCGUUAAGAAUGAUCCGCUCUCGCUGGUUAAAGCGGUUCAUUCAGACCUCCAUUCUGCCGCCAAUAAAGCGAUUUAAUUUGUUUGGAUGCCUGUAAAAACAGACUAUUUCUGUACAAAAUAAUUAGUAUCGCUGCAUCUGUUUUCACUGUGUCAACACAACAGUGCCUGAGCUGGUUCCUGUGUUAGUGUGUGGUGCUAUAGAUGUGCUUCUUAGCACCGUCAGCCGCAGAGGUGUAGUUUUUUUAUUUAGUAUUACUUGUUUUAUGAAGUUACAUUUAGUAGCAAUUCGCACCGUUUUUGUCAGUCAAGCACCACAGCCGCAAACCUGUUGAAAUGGGGACCUCUUCCUGCCCAGCUAUACGGCCCAGGCUGUUUCCAUAUCUGGGCCAAUCACACAAACCAGUAAGAUAAUGAUGUAGCCUAAGGUUUAAGGUUUAUUUUAUUUAAGAAAGGGACAGUGCACAUUAAUAAACAUGAGAACUUAGAUGCACCAUGUAAAUGUGCCAGAUUUAGCCAUACAGGAUAAUUUUCAUCUGUAGUCCCUGGGCAGGUUGAUGGUUUAAACGCAUUCUAUUGCCUGCUUACAUUUAAACGAUCUCAUAAUUAAACCCGAGUUCACUCUCGUUGCAUUCCAUAGAAAGAUGAUUUCCUCUGAACUUCAGUCCGUUGCAACCUGAGGCUGAACUUGUCAACACCCAAAUAACGCAAUUAAAACGUCAAGAUUGGCGUCGUGUUUGUGUUUCAAUUAAAGGAGUUCCUUGCUCCCUUCACCGUAUCUUAAGUGGACACUUUUUUGACCUUUUUAAAUUUCUGCCUACUUUUAGAGACUUUGGGUUGAAUUUGAUGGUUAAUUGAAGUUGACCCAUUAUACACAUUAUCCAGUGACCAAAAACAUUUUUCAGGCCUUCGAGUGAAAAAUGAACUUUUUAUUAACCGUGUAAAUAUGCAUAAAAACACCUGCUUAUGUAUCAGAAUACAAGCAAUAUUAGCCUUUUCUUGAGUGUUAUGAUUCCGUAUCGUUUAGCCAGUGCUACGUCAUAACGGCAUUUCUCCUGAUUUGUUCAGAGAAUGGUUAAGCGUGAGAACAUGGAGUCGGACAGAGUAUUUAAUUAGACUUACAAGGUUCCGGUUUGAAAGGAACUCCAGCACACAUCCGUGUUCAUUAAGGGCUGCAUGAAUCUUACUCGUAUCGGCAAACUGCUCCGGAUUUUGUGAACAUGCAUUUUGACAGUUAUAACCUGUGAUUCAAUAAAAAUGAUUUUUUUUUAAAUUA